AUGGCUGGUGAGGAGAGUUUUGUAGUAUUGGUUAAUCACAGAGGACCGAAAACACGAUCUAGUGUGAAGUUCACCGAUAAGGAUCCUCUCAUGCUGCAAGAAAUCGUGAAGUAUGAUUGUUUUACGAUCGGGAGUGAUGAGGACUUGCAGCUCGGGGGUUCGAACCGGAAUACCCACACUAUAGGCACGGUAGCCAGUUCUUGCUCUAGACCUAUUGGUGUAUCUUCGUCCGUCCCUGUGAAUGAACCUCUGGUCGAGCCUGUCGCCUCCCUAUCGUUUGCUGUUGAUCUCAACUGUAGUGGAGGCGGAGAGGUUGGAGUAGGGGAUAUUGUGCCGACUUCUUCACAGUGUGUUGCACUGGCUGGUCUAGGCGAUGAAUUACUGGAUGAUGUUGACGAUGAUGAUGUGGAUCCGGAUCUCAUUACUGAUGACAGUGGCAAUGAUAUUGGAGCAAGUGAGCCAGCUAGGGCUGGAGGUGGUUCUAACUCUGGCACACAGCAGUACCCUCCGCACUUUUCAUUUUUGGACUUGGAUGCCAUGAGACAGGAGGGAGUUCUUGGGGAGCCUGCUGGAUUUAGUGCUAAAGAUAGCCAGGGGGCUACAGGUCUCGUAGAGUUUCAGACGUAUAGCAUCCGACGUAGGGUACAGUACAAGGUGGUGAAGUCUGACUAUCGCCGGUAUGUUGGAAAGUAUUCUCAGUUUGGGAAUGGGUGCACAUGGUUUAUUAGGCUUAGUCUCCGGCAGCGCAAGGGUUUUUGGGAAGUAAAACAAUCGGCAUUCAUCAUGCCAAUGGUUAGAGUUGAUGCAUCCGUCAGCAUCAAGAUGCUCCUGAAUGCGAUGGCGACACACUUUAGGUUCAUGCCGGCGUACAUGAGUGUUUGGUUAGCGAAGCAGAAGGCCGUUCGCCACAUCUAUGGUGAUUGGGAUGAGUCGUACAACGAGCUCUGCGGUGGGUGUUAG